GGCCACACAACGUAGGAUAAAGAGGACCACAAAAGACCACAUACGCAUUGCCAAAAUGCCGUACGCCGCGGGAUAUGAAGGUUUCUCGGCCGCCUCCAAGCAGAAGCGCACGCGCAUCAUCUGCACGCUGGGCCCGGCUUCCUGGUGCAUAGCCAGCGUCCCCCAUAGGAAUCCGGCAACCACUGCGGGCGCACGCAAUGACGCGUGCCACCGGCCGCUCGCGCGUCGGAAGAAGGGGCAGCCCGCCCCUGCGACCGCACGCGCGCACAGCGCACGCACGCCAUCGCCGCCGCGACCGACGCCGCCGCACACGCUCGCGCGCACACGCCAUCGCCGCGACCGACAUCCUACAAACACAGGUCCGUCGAGAUGCUCGGUGUCCUCCUCGACGAGGGCAUGAACGUCGCCCGAUUAAACUUCAGCCACGGCGACCACGCCGCCCACGCGGGCACGAUCGAGCGGUUGAAGCAGGCUCUGGCCAAGCGCCCGGGUGUCCACUGCGCGAUCAUGCUCGACACGAAGGGCCCCGAGAUCCGCACGGGCUUCUUCGAUGCCUCUGUCGGUGACAAGCUGAAGCUCACCAAAGGCUCUACGCUCAUUUUAACGACGGACUACGACCACAAGUCGACGGGCGAGAAGCUCGGCUGCACGUACAAGAAGCUAUCAUCGAGCGUCAAGCCCGGCUCGCAGAUCCUCUGCGCCGACGGGUCGUUAGUGCUCGAAGUCUCGUCCAUCAUAAAUGACACGGAGGUGGCCUGCACGGUCUUGAAUGAUUGCGCGAUAGGCGAGCGCAAGAACAUGAACCUGCCGGGCGUCGUCGUCGAUCUACCGGUGCUCCAGGAGAAGGACACGCGGGAUCUGGAGGAGUUCGCGUGCAAGCAGCCCGUGGAUUUUGUCGCUGCGUCCUUCGUGCAAAGUGCCGACGACGUGCGCACGAUCCGCAAGGUCCUAGAUGAUGGGGGCGGCAAGCGCGUCAAGAUCAUCUCGAAGAUUGAAAACCAAGAAGGUCUGGAGAACUUUGAGAGCAUCUGUCGGGAGACGGACGCCGUCAUGGUCGCGCGCGGCGACCUGGGCAUGGAGAUCCCCCCGGAGCGCGUCUUCAGAGAACAGAAGAAGAUGAUCCAGAUCUGCAACGCCCAGGGCAAGCCUGUGAUUGUGGCGACGCAGAUGCUCGAGUCCAUGACCAGUAACCCGAGACCGACGCGCGCCGAGUGUUCGGAUGUGGCCAAUGCGGUGUUAGAUGGAGCCGACGCGGUCAUGCUCAGUGGCGAGACGGCGGGCGGCAACUUCCCCAAGGAGGCCGUGGCCAUCAUGGCGCGGACGUGCGUCGAGGCGGAGCACGAAUUAGAGUACACGAAGGCUUAUGAAACCGAAUUAGCGCUGGCGCGGAAGAAGGGCCAGUUUAGCGUGGUCGAGGCUACCGUGGCGGCGGCGGUCCAGGCGGCUCGCGAUGCCAGAGCUUCGGCUGUCGUCGUCCUCGCCAAAACGGGCGCGACGGCCCAAUUGUUUGCCAAGUACAAGCUGAGCGUGCCGUUGAUCGUGGUGACCUCGGACGCCGCAGUAGCAAGAUACGCGCAGGCCGUCGUCCCGGGCUGCAAACCUUUGUGCUUACCGGACUGCACGGAGUACGGCUACGCGCACCAAAGUGGCAAAGACGAGACGAAGAUGGUCGCCGAGGGCACGAAGUACGCCGCGUCGCUCGGCAUCGUCGCCGGCGGCGACGACGUGCUGCUCGCGCUGCACUCGUACCGCGUCGCCGACGAGAAGAACAUGGCGAUGCGCUUCUUCCACGCGUCGAGCGUGCUCUGAAAUUCCCCUCCCCCACGUCGUCGCGCCCUCGCCUAAGGAUUCGUCACAACCGGUAUUAGUACAACAAACAUCGCUCCCCCGCGGCGGCCCUGGGCGUGCGGCGUCCGGCCUGCUCCCCCCUCGCCGUCGUCGCCUCCCGACCUCACACUCGGGGCGGCGGCGUAUGAGGCCGGCCGGGUGG